AUGGACCAAAUUAUUGUUUAUAAGAAGGGUGAAGAGACUCCAAUGCUAAUUUCAUCACAUAUCCCUGCUGGAAAGGAUGUUGAAUUUAAUGAAAGAAUGGUUUAUCCAGAAGGCAUCUGGAACGUUCUUAAACUUACAUUUAAAGUUAAUGCACCAGUUAAAGGAGUUGUUUGCCACAGAAAAGUCUACAAACUUGGAAUUUGCGUAAAUACAGAAGAUGAACCGAUAGGAGAUUUCGAGCCAAGAGAAGAACCAUACUUCCACUUAUUCCCAGAAGUAGAAACUCCAUCUGGAUUCUUUGUCAGAGGAAUGUUUAAUGUUGUAUUAAAAUUCACAGAUGCCACAGGUAACACAAUCUAUACUAUCAAAUACCCAUUCGAAAUUGUUAAGAAAGUUUAA